AUGCCUGGGAAGAGUUCCACCUAUACGCCUACGAGAAUGAAGUGUGGUCAGAGAAAUGCCGAGGUCGAAUUUGUGUCGACCUUAAAGAGGAGGGCAGCGAAGUCGACCAAGGGUUCGAGUUCUCAGAAGAGAGAAGCUUCUUCAAUCAGCGAUGUAGGGGUACAUUUCUGCAUUGUUCUCCUCGAGUUCGACGGUGCGGUGCUCCAAGAAAUGGACUCGCAAAAGUUCGUUGUGGCGCGUAAUCUCAUAGCCGCAGCAGAAGAAAUGAUUUGGGUCACUCGCCAUGGGAUCCAAGCCGAAACUCUGGGCGACCAUACAAUGAUAAACGGUCUAGCACGAGCCAUACGACAAGAGAAGUCGAAAAUGAAGUUCGUUACACUGGCCUUUGAGUGCGAAGAAAGAGAUGGAUCACACUUCUCCCAGUCAAUUCUGCAGGUUUUUGAUCAGACCACUACUCUAGCCACCGAUGGAUAUGAGCCGGAGUAUACCGAGCGAGAUCGAAGGCUGUGUAUUGAUCGAUUUGUCGAAGCUGAAUAUCUUAACCGAGAUAUCGUCCCCCGCAUGCAAAAACAUGAACGAGAAACAAAGAAUUUCGGUUGUGGAAUACCUCUCAAGUUGAGCAUAUCUUCUCCAGGAUUGCUAGAUACGCUGGAAUUUAUUGAGGAUAAGGAGUCAAAUUCGGUCUUGGAAGCGGACGAGAUUGAAAUAAAAAUACAUGCCAGUGGGGUAAAUUUCCGAGAUUGCUUGAUCGCCUUAGGACGAAUGCCAGGUUCUACCUUUGGCUUUGAGUGUGCUGGGACCGUUCACCGCAUUGGAGAGCAUUGCGAAGAAUUUGUAGUCGGCGAAAGAGUUUGUGCCAAUGUGGCUGGGACUUAUCAGACCUUCGGCCGCUAUUUGUCUUCUCAAGCGAUGCCUUUACCUGAUCAUGUCUCUUUUCUCGAAGGCGCUGCCUUGCCCGUUACCUUUAUAACGGCAUACUAUGCCCUUUGCCACGUUGCGCGUAUCAGAAAGGGUGAGUCCAUUUUGAUUCAUUCGGCGGCAGGAGAGACUGGUCAGGCGGCCAUCCAGAUAGCCAAGUUGUUUGAUGCGGAAAUCUACGUUACCGUGGGCUCCGAAAAGAAAAGCCGACUACUUCAAGAUCUUUACGGUAUCCCUAAGGAUCUGUUGUGCUGGGUCUACUUUCUCUUUUGCUCCACUUCCUUAUUUGAUCCACUUAUAGUUCUGCUGCCUAAAUGCUUCAUGUCUGCCUAAACCUUACACUCUUUAUAUAAACACCUUAGAUAGCUACCUUUUACAAUGCAAUCAAUUCUCCAUGACCUUCAGUACCCAAUACCCUUUCAACCCAAUACAUACUUUUGUUAUAUCUUAGGAGGGUGUAGAACGGGUAGGCUAGUAGGUGUAGAAUAAGGAAUAGAAUGUAGGUUGUCAAUACUAUAACAACUACUAAUUUAUAUAUAGGACUAUGCUCCUAGGCCCCCCCUACUUUCCUAG